AUGCCCGGCAAUUCCCACCAAAACGGACGACUUCAGCAUUCCUUCAAAAUGCUGUUUGUUUACGUUCAACUUACACUUGUACAGGUGGAAAGGCAUGCUCUUAUUUCGAUCAGAAUCUUCCAUGCUGGAAGCAUCAGAAAGUUACCCCAGAAAUCUUGCAAAGUAUUGAAGCAUUACGAACAGAGGUACUACAGUAUGAUCUCAAACGGAAAGCAGUUUCCAUAA